GCUCGACCGAGUCGCUCAUCAGCAAGAUGGAGGCGAAGCUCCUCGACGACGAUGGCGACCUCGAGGCGCUCUCGUUCGGCGACAAGGCGACCGUGCACACUGUCCAUCUCAAGGUCGAAGGAAUGACGUGCGGCGCAUGUGUCGCGAGCAUCGAGAACGGGCUGAACAGCCAGGACGGCAUCGCCAGCGUCAAGGUUGCGCUCCUCGCCGAGCGAGCCGUCAUCGAGUACGACCCUGCGCUGUGGACGCCCGAGAAGCUCGCCGAGGAGAUCGAGGACAUGGGGUUCGAGGCGGCGCCUAUACAGCCGGCCAAGGCCGACACGGUGCAGCUCCAGAUCUACGGCAUGACCUGUGGCGCCUGCGUCUCGUCGAUCGAGUCGUCGCUGCGCUCGACGCCGGGCAUCCUGUCGGCCGUCGUGUCGCUCGCGACCGAGCGCGCGAGCGUCACCUACGACCCGUCCAUCCUCGCCGGCGUGCGCGACAUUGUCGAGGCGAUCGAGGACACGGGCUUUGACGCGACGCUCGCGUCGGACGAGAACAACGCGAUGCAGCUUAAGUCGCUCGCGCGCACCAAGGAGAUCACCGAGUGGCGGAGCGCGUUCCUGCGCGCCGCGUCGUUCGGUCUCCCCGUCUUCCUCCUGUCGAUGGUCCUGCCCAUGGUCCCGUUCCUGCGGCCCGUCGUCAAUUUUGCGCUCGUGCGCGGCAUCUACCUCGGCGACCUCGCGUGCCUGUUCCUCACGCUCCCCGUCCAGUUCGGCGUCGCCCUGCGGUUCUACCGCUCGGCGUGGCGCGCCCUCAAACACUCGUCGGCGACGAUGGACGUCCUCGUCGUCCUCGGCACGUCGGCCGCGUUCGUCUACUCGGUCGCCGCCAUGGUGUGCGCGCCGUUCGCCGGCGACCCGGCGUACCACCCCAAGGUCUUCUUCGACACGUGCACGAUGCUCAUCACGUUCAUCUCGCUCGGGCGGUACCUCGAGAACGUCGCCAAGGGCCAGACGAGCACGGCGCUGAGUCGCCUCAUGAGCCUCGCGCCGUCGCAGGCCAUCAUCUACACGGACGCCGAGUGCACCAAGGAGAAGAAGGUCCCGACCGAGCUCAUCCAGGUCCACGACGUCGUCAAGAUUGUCCCCGGCGACAAGAUUCCCGCCGACGGCGUCGUCAUCCGCGGCGAGUCGUCGGUCGACGAGAGCAUGGUGACGGGCGAGGUCGUGCCCGUCGCCAAGAGCCUCAAGUCGAGCGUCAUCGGCGGCACCGUCAACGGACAGGGCACGUUCGACAUGCGCGUCACGCGUGCGGGCAAGGACACGGCGCUCGCGCAGAUCGUCCACCUCGUCGAGGACGCCCAGACGAGCAAGGCGCCGAUCCAGGCGUUCGCCGACACGGUCGCGGGCUACUUUGUCCCCGUCGUCAUCUCGCUCGCGCUCGCGACCUUUGUCGCGUGGAUGGUCGUCGCCCACGUCGCGUCCGACCUGCCGAGGGUGUUUGACGAGGAGGGCACGACCAAGUUCAUGGUCUGCCUGCGCCUGUGCAUCUCGGUCGUCGUCGUCGCGUGCCCGUGCGCGCUCGGCCUGUCGACCCCGACGGCCGUCAUGGUGGGCACGGGCGUCGGCGCGCAGCACGGCAUCCUCAUCAAGGGCGCCGGCCCGCUCGAGGCGAGCCACCGCGUCGACCGCAUCGUGCUCGACAAGACGGGCACGCUCACCGUCGGCAAGCUCGACGUCGUCGGCGUGCGGUGGGUCGAGCGCACCGGUCUCGAGUCGAGCGAGGCCGACGCGCUCGGCGCCCGUGUCGGCUGGCAAGACGACGCCAUCCUCCUCUUUGCCGCCGCCGAGACCAAGUCGGAGCACCCGCUCGCCAAGGCCGUCGCCCAGUGGGGCUUGCGCUCGCUCGGCCUCGCCGAGGUCCCGUCGUCGCUCGACGUGACGUCGUUCGCGUCGGUGACGGGCAAGGGCGUCCGGUGCGAGGUCGCGGGCCACUUUCCCUCGCUGUCGCCCUCGUCCGGCACGGGCCGCUCGACGCACCGCAUCGAGAUCGGCAACGCGUCGUUCCUCGCCGACGAGUGCGCCGUCACGCUCCCCUCGGCGUACGCCGAGUUCCGCACGCGUGAGGAGCGCCUCGGGCGCACGUGCAUCGCCGUCGCCGUCGACGCCCAGCUCGCGUGCGUCGUCUCGCUCGCCGACACGGUCAAGGCCGAGGCGCGCCAGGCCAUCGACGCGCUGCGGUGGAUGGGCGUCGAGGUGCUCGUCGCGACGGGCGACCAGCCGCUGACGGCGCGCGCCAUCGCCGACGAGGUCGGAAUCGCCGCUGUCGACGUGCACGCGGCCAUGAGCCCCAACGGCAAGAAGGCGCUCGUGCAGAAGCUUCAGCAGCAAGGUCACCGCGUCGCCAUGGUCGGCGACGGCAUCAACGACUCGCCCGCUCUCGCCGCCGCCGAUGUCGGCAUCGCCCUGUGCACCGGCACCGACAUCGCGAUGGAGGCGGCCGACGUCGUCCUCAUGAAGGCCGACCUGCUCGACGUCGUCGCCGCGCUCGACCUCUCGCGGCGCAUCUUUCGCCAGAUCCGCCUCAACUUUGUGUGGGCGACCGUGUACAACCUCGUCGGCGUCCCGCUCGCCAUGGGCGUCCUCCUGCCGUGGGGCGUGCACCUGCACCCGAUGAUGGCCGGCGCCGCCAUGGCGCUCUCGAGCGUGUCGGUCGUCGCGUCGUCGCUCACGCUCCGGUUCUGGCGCCGCCCGAGGCUCGCCCGCCGCGCCGACGACCCGCACGCCGACGGCGGCGAGGGCCCGUGCGCCGAGCUCGCCGGCGCGCUCGCCGACAUGGUGCGCGCCGGGUGGCACGCGUUCGUCGUCGCGCCGACGUGGCGCGCGAGGGGCCAGCGCAGGGGGAGCAGGUUCGCGAGGCGCCCGAGCGAGUACGGCUUGCUCGGCGGCGCAGGGAGCGGCGGCGACGAGGACGAGGACGAGGAGGAGGGGAUCGCGCUCGUCGGCGCUCAGACGCCCGCCGUGCGCGACCCGGGCUUUGUCUCUCGGUGAGGCGCCCCCUCCUCUCUCUCUUUCUCUCUCUCUGUGUGUGUGUGUGCCUCUCUGCCGUAUUACCCCCCUCGCACCUGUCGUGAUAGAUCCCCCCUCGCCCUCGCCUUUUCCCACUUCGCCUUUCUCCCCCUCUCUCUGCCCGACCUUUACCUCGUUCUUCAGCCUCUCCCUCUCUCUCUCUCUCCCUCGCACAGCCUGUAACAGCAUGCUUGACUCUCUCUCU